AUGGGCAAAUUCGCUUUUCUCUCCCUUGCUCUCCUGUCUGUGCAGGCACUUGUUGCUCGAGCUGAAGACGCCGCAGCGAAUCCUGAUAAGCCGGUGCUCGACGAUGCCGCCAAUGCUGUCCCGCAAGUCAAUGUUGACGUUUCCACUACUUUCCCCGACUCUGAGGUCUUCGGUGUGAAGCUCGUCAACGGCCUACCGACCACCGCGCAGGUCAAGAUUGCAAACAAUGAACCAGACCCGAUUACCGUGAACAUUAUCGGUGGCAGCCUCUGGACCCUGUCGGAGCCAAGCCAGAAUGUUCACAAUCUGACUGUCUCCCGGUACGGCGUCGAGAUCGACGCAAAGUCUGAAAAAACCAUUACCUAUAAUUUCGUGACCGAAUUGCUACCUCAGGACUUGAGCUUGAACCUCGCAACCAUGGUUGCGAAGAAAGACGGUCUCAUUUUCACCAUGCCCGCCUACAACGGGACGGUCAGCGUCGUCGAGCCUGAGAUGAGCAUCUUUGACCCUCAAGUGUAA